CAAAAAAUCAACUGGAGUUCUGUUGCCAUAUGCUUCGAGGGACAAUAGACCCUAAAGAGCCACCUACAUAUGAAUAUGUAAAAUGCAUAGGAAACUUCAAAUCCUUGAGUAACAUGCCUAACUCUGCACAUAAUGGUUAUGAAGAAACCAUCCAACGACCUCAUAGGCCUUCGUAUGAAGACAGAAUUUGCCUUGUAGCUACAGUUAGGUUAGCUACACCUCAAUUUAUUAAGGAAAUGAGCACAGUAGAAGAACCUAACGAAGAGUUCACCUCCAGGCAUAGCUUAGAAUGGAAAUUCCUUUUCUUGGAUCACAGGGCACCACCAAUUAUAGGCUAUUUACCAUUUGAAGUGUUGGGGACAUCAGGCUAUGAUUAUUAUCAUGUGGAUGACCUGGAAAAUUUGGCAAAAUGUCAUGAGCAUUUAAUGCAGUACGGGAAAGGGAAAUCCUGCUAUUACCGAUUCCUCACAAAAGGCCAGCAGUGGAUUUGGUUGCAGACUCAUUACUAUAUCACCUACCAUCAAUGGAAUUCUAGACCAGAAUUCAUCGUGUGUACACACACAGUAGUAAGCUAUGCUGAGGUUCGAGCAGAAAGGCGGCGUGAACUUGGCAUAGAAGAAUCUCUGCCAGAGAUUAUAGCAGAGAAAAGUCAGGAUUCUGGUUCUGACAAUCAUAUAAAUACAGUGAGCCUCAAAGAAGCAUUGGAGAGGUUUGAUCACAGCCCCACACCUUCUGCCUCCUCUAGGAGUUCCAGGAAAUCUUCCCAUACGGCGGUUUCGGAUCCUUCAUCAACCCCGACAAAGAUGACAGUGGAUACCAGCACUCCUCCAAGGCAAAAUUUAUCUGCACAUGAAAAGUCUGCACAAAGGAGAGCUUCGCUCGGUAACCAGUCUUUAAAUUCACAAUCUGUCGGGCAGCCUCUGGCACAACCAAUGAUGACCCAGCCUGCAACUUUACAACUUCAGCAAGGCAUGUCUCAG